ACUCACGGAGUUUCACAAGCGGGGUAUAGCGAGUAAAAGCAACGGACUGGAAAGCAAGGACGGAGAGGUCCAGUAUUUUUCUAAGAAGGACUUACCUUUAAAAUGUGAAGAGGGCAGAAUGUGCCUGUCGGAAGUGUCCCUUGUGGCAGUGCUACCGGACUGCACUCCGCAAGCACCAGAGCCGUGAGCGACCAGGAGGCGCCGACCAUGACGCACCCCAACGCCAGCGGCGUGAGCUCCAACAUCAGCGACACCUUGGACGGCCUGGGCUCUGGCAACUUCUACCGUCCCUUCUCCGUGUUCAGCGUGUUGACGCUCACGCUGCUCGCCAUGCUGGUGGUGGCCACGUUCGUGUGGAACCUCCUGGUGCUGUUGACCAUCUUGAGGGUACGAACCUUCCACCGCGUGCCCCACAACCUGGUGGCGUCCAUGGCGAUCUCUGAUGUGAUGGUGGCGGCGUUGGUGAUGCCCCUCAGCCUGGUCCACGAGCUGAACGGGCGUCUGUGGAAACUGGGCAGGGUCCUCUGCCAGGUGUGGAUCUCCUUCGACGUCCUCUGCUGCACGGCAAGCAUCUGGAACGUCACCGCCAUCGCCCUGGACCGCUAUUGGUCGAUCACCAGGCACCUGGAAUACACUCUGAAAACCAGGAAGAGGAUCUCCAACGUGAUGAUCGCCCUCACCUGGCUUCUGUCCUCGGUCAUCUCCCUGUCGCCGCUCUUUGGCUGGGGGGAGACUUACUCUGAGGACGCGUUGGAAUGCCAGGUGAGCCAGGAGCCCUCCUAUACCAUCUUCUCCACCUUCGGAGCUUUCUACCUGCCGCUGUGUGUGGUGCUGUUUGUCUACUGGAAGAUCUACAAGGCUGCCAAGUUUCGCAUCGGCUCGCGCAAGAACAACACCAUCACGCCCAUGGCUGAGGUGAAGGAGGCCUCCCGGCAGCCCCAGAUGGUGUUCACCGUCCGCCACGCUACCGUGACAUUCCAGACGGACGGCGACACGUGGCGCGAGCAGAAGGAGAAGAAGGCGGCCCUCAUGGUGGGCAUCCUCAUCGGGGUCUUCGUCCUCUGCUGGAUCCCCUUCUUCAUCACGGAGCUCAUCGUGCCCCUCUGCUCCUGCAACAUCCCGCCCAUUUGGAAGAGCAUCUUCCUCUGGCUGGGCUACUCCAACUCUUUCUUCAACCCGCUUAUCUACACGGCCUUCAACAAGAACUACAACAACGCUCUGAGGAACCUGUUCUCUCGCCAGCGAUGAGCCCCCCCCCCCCCCCCCCCGGACACCUGGAGAUGGGCUUAAGAUGUAAUGUCGCAGGCCUCCACUAACACCACACUCCACACGCGUUCGAUAUUUGUGGCUUUUUAGCUUUACAUCUCCAAAACACGAACGCAUUUUGGGGGAUCUGAGCGUCAAAGGAAAUCGGCAAGAAGCAUGUGCAAAGACGUACCUGGACGUACUAGGUGCUACGUUUCUGAAGUGUUUGAAAACUUCGGACUCACAGACAAAGAUGUGAGCACCAAGCAGGAACAAUACGUUUUUCAAAAAAAGGACCGAAGGACAUCUGACAACAGCCUUUCUCACUGGAUGCUUGUAUGGAGACAAAACGAAAUGCUCAUUCUAUCUCUCACAACAACACUUUCAUCUUGUGAUUUAAUGGAUGCAACAUAAAUAGCAGUGAGUGGGAGGUGCUGGGUAACUCUUCUUUGAUCCAAUAAUUAGGACCACAUGGGGAUUAAACUGUCAUUUGUGGGCUGCAUUCUCCCUUAGAAAUAUACAUUAUCUGUCUCACUGACCAGGGAUAGUAUGUAAUUUAAAAAGUAGUGGUGAAACGUGUUUGGAAACAGAAAUCCCAUAUCAUUGUGAUUACUUUGAAAAGGAUUCAAAAUAACUGAUAAAGCACGAUUGCUGUAUUUCACCAUCAAAAAAUUAAUAUAAUCAUGUAGUGGAAUUACCUGAAAUAAAGACAUAAGCUUGAGU